AUGGACGACAAGGCAAAGUACUUUGCUGGUGUGCUCAGUGCAAUGAGUGCCAUGAUCAACUUGGACAUUCCCCACCUCAACAUCAUGACGAAAAUGGAUUUGGUCUAUCAACACGACAAGGAGGGACCCGCAUCCUAUGCGCGUCGUAAAGAUAUGGAACGAUACAUGGAUCCAGACCCUCUGUUGCUAGCCGACGAAGUUCAUGCUGUAACGAAUGCCAAGUUUUUCGAAUUGAACCGAGCUAUUGUUCAUUUGGUUGAAGAUUUCAGCAUGGUGUCUUUCCUUCCCUUGGAUCUCACGAACGAGGAUAGCAUUGAGCUGAUUCUAUCUUGCAUUGAUAAUAUCGUACAAUUUGGCGAGGACGAGGAGCCGGUGGAACCCAAAGAUCUAGAGCAGGAGCAGGUAGACACAUAG